AUGGCCAACAAGCAGGGGAAGAUGCAAAACCUGGUAUGCUGGACCAUUCCUACCAUGACUUACAAGAAGCACUCUGACCACAGUGACAAGAUUAAUUACCGUAUGCGAGUGACCAUGAACGACGGCCGUCAAAUGACUGGCCAAAUGCUUGCAUUCGACAAACACAUGAACCUCGUCCUCGCCGACACUGAAGAAUUCCGCAAAGUCAAACGCAAGCAGGCCAAAACCUCCGCUCCUGCAGCACCAGGCUCUGCAGCUGCGACCGUCGAGACCGAAGAGAAACGAACCUUGGGCCUUGUGAUUCUGAGAGGAACGAAUAUCGUGAGCUGUUCGGUUGAAGGACCUCCUCCAUCCGAUCCUAGCGCUAGACUGGGACAAUCUGCUCCGGGAGGGGCACCGACAACUCUGCAGGCUGGCACAGGUAUCUCGAGACCUGCUGGCAGAGGUCUUCCCGUCGGGCUGGGUGGUCCUGUGGCAGGCGUUGGGAUGGGUGGACCGCCACCACCGGGAGGAGUGCCACCUGGAGGCUUUGGGUUCCCGCCUCAACCGCCAGCGGGAUUCCCAGGUGGAGCGCCGCCACCUGGAUUCGCAGGAGCUGGAAGAGGUGGACUGCCUGGGCCUCCGGGAGGCCCACCUCCUGGCUUUGGGGGCCCUCCUCCUGGGUUCGGAGGACCACCUGGAGGUCCGCCAGCAGGUAUGCCUCCGGGAUUUCAAGGUGGACCACCAGGUCCUGGAAGAGGAUUCCCACCUCCGGGAUUCGGAGGGAGGUAA